CGGAAAAACUUAUAAAUUUUGUGGGAAGGUCCAAUUUGGUAAUUCCAAGAAGUUGAUGGAUGCAUUUGCGUAAUUGAAAUACCGUUUCUAAAACAAAUCUCACGUUCCCACUUCACUCUACUGUCGCGGGAGGAAUCCGGGAAUGUAUUGUAUUAGACCCCCCGUUCUCCCUACACGCUCCACCCAACUGCAUCGCUUCUGCAACAUUCCUUCAACCCUUUCCUUCAUUCGUCGAAGGCUCAGCUGCAUAAGAGCUAUGUCCUCACACAUUGUUGGAUAUCCUCGCAUAGGGCCAAAGAGAGAGCUUAAGUUUGCGCUAGAAUCUUUCUGGGAUGGAAAAAUUAAUGCUGAUGAGCUACAAAAGGUAGCAAAGGAUCUUCGGGUUUCUAUGUGGAAGAAAAUGGCAAGUGCUGGCACCAGGUUCAUUCCCAGCAAUACCUUCUCAUACUAUGAUCAGGUAUUAGAUACUACUGCCAUGCUUGGGGCAGUUCCAGAAAGAUAUGGAUGGACAGGAGGAGAUGUUGGUUUUGAUAUUUACUUCUCCAUGGCUAGAGGGAAUGCAACACUUCCUGCAAUGGAAAUGACCAAAUGGUUUGAUACUAACUACCACUACAUAGUGCCUGAAUUGAGUCCUGAUCUAAAGUUUACUUAUUCUUCUCACAAGGCAGUUGCUGAAUACAAUGAGGCAAAGGAAACUGGAAUUGAGACAGUUCCAGUUAUUCUUGGUCCAAUUUCAUAUUUGUUGCUGUCUAAACCUGCAAAGGGUGUAGGGAAAUCAUUUUCCCUUCUUUCAUUGCUUGGAAAGAUCAUUCCUAUCUACAAGGAGGUUUUGGCUGAGUUGAAGGCAGUUGGUGCUACUUGGGUGCAGUUUGAUGAGCCAAUGCUUGUGCUUGAUUUGGAUGCUGAACAAUUAAAAGCAUUUACCGAUGCUUAUGAACAACUGGGAGAAUCAUCAUCUGGGCUGAAUGUUCUUGUUGAGACCUACUUUGCUGACAUCCCUGCUGAUGCAUACAAGACCAUCACUUCACUGAAGGGGGUUUCAGCCAUUGGACUAGAUUUAGUGCGAGGUGGAAAGAGUUUAGAUUUGAUCAAAAGCACAGGUUUUCCUUCUGACAAGUAUCUCUUUGCUGGCAUUGUUGACGGCCGAAAUAUUUGGGCCAACGAUCUAGAAGCAUCUCUUGAGACCCUAAUAACUCUUGAAGGCAUUGUUGGUAAAGAGAAACUUGUGGUUUCUACCUCUUGUUCCCUGCUACAUACAGCUGUUGAUCUGAUGAAUGAAACAAAACUGGACAAGGAGAUCAUGUCUUGGCUAGCAUUUGCUGCACAGAAAGUACUUGAGGUGAAUGCCUUGGCUAAAGCAUUGGCUGGUGAAAAAGAUGAGGCAUAUUUUUCUGCAAGUGUUGCUGCACAAGCUUCUAGAAGUUCAUCUCCUAGGGUAAAUGAUGAAGCCAUUAAGAAAGCAGCAGCAGCUGCACUAAGGGGUUCUGACCACCGCCGUGCCACACCAGUGUCUGCCAGACUUGAUGCGCAGAAAAAGAAGCUGAACCUACCAUUUCUUCCUACCACAACUAUCGGAUCUUUCCCACAAACCAUGGAUCUGAGGAGAGUUAGGCGGGAAUACAAAGCUAACAAGAUUUCUGAAGAGGAGUAUGUAAAAGCAAUCAAAGAAGAGAUUGGUAAAGUUAUCAAGUUACAAGAAGAAUUGGGCAUUGAUGUUCUGGUACAUGGAGAGCCUGAGAGGAAUGACAUGGUGGAAUACUUUGGUGAACAGUUGAAAGGCUUUGCUUUCACUGUUAAUGGCUGGGUUCAGUCAUAUGGUUCGCGAUGUGUCAAACCACCAAUCAUUUAUGGUGAUGUCAGCCGGCCUAAACCAAUGACAGUUUUCUGGUCCACAACUGCACAAAGCAUGACAUCUUGUCCCAUGAAGGGAAUGCUAACCGGACCAGUUACAAUCCUCAACUGGUCAUUUGUAAGGAAUGAUCAGCCUAGGUUUGAAACUUGCUAUCAAAUUGCCUUGGCCAUAAAAGAUGAGGUUGAAGAUUUGGAAGCAGUCGGGAUCCAGGUGAUCCAAAUUGAUGAAGCUGCACUACGAGAAGGUCUGCCUUUGCGCAAAUCAGAGCAGGCUUUCUACCUAGACUGGGCUGUCCAUUCGUUCAGGAUCACUAAUUGUGGUGUGAAGGACACCACACAGAUCCACACUCAUAUGUGCUAUUCCAACUUCAAUGACAUCAUCCAUUCUAUAAUCGACAUGGAUGCUGAUGUGAUCACAAUCGAGAACUCGAGAUCUGAUGAGAAACUCCUCUCCGUCUUCCGUGAGGGUGUGAAAUAUGGUGCAGGGAUUGGUCCUGGGGUGUAUGACAUCCACUCCCCUCGGAUCCCUACCAAAGAAGARAUUGCUGAACGCAUCAAAAAAAUGUUAGCGGUCCUAGAGAUGAAUGUUCUUUGGGUUAAUCCAGAUUGUGGUUUGAAGACGAGAAAAUACACUGAAGUCAAACCAGCAUUGACCAACAUGGUGGCUGCAGCAAAGCUUAUAAGAUCUCAGCUGGCCGGUGGGAAAUGAUUUCCCAACGUUGUUUUUUUUUCCUCCUUUGGGAAUCUAGGUUGUUUUUAUAAGCUGAUUAGUGGUCUCACUCGUAGCGGCUAACAUUCCAGCUAAUUUAGUGCCAUGAACUAUGAAAUUAAAGAUGGAAUAGAACAAAUGAAAUCUUUUAUACAAUAUAUAGAAUGCUAUUGAAUAUGUGGUUAACUUU